UAAUUAUUUCGUUAUCAAAUUAUGGUGAAGCAUAUAAUUUUAGUGAAUAUGGGAAUACAACAAGCGUUCAACAAUUUAGUGACGAAAAACUCUUACUAUCUACGAAUACUACAAAUAAUGCAAAUUUAUUACAUCUAAUUUAUCCAAAUGGAAGUAUAGUUCCUAUAAAUUAUGAGGAUAGCAUAAAUUUUAAUAAUAAUUCCGAAUGGGUUUUCGAAGUUUGUUUACCUUUGGCAGAAAAUUAUAUUUUAUUCUCGUAUUAUGAUCGAAAAGAACCAUUAACGGAUCUCUCAAUACAUGGAACAAUAAUAAAUUUGCAAGGCAAAAUAACUACAAAAGACAUGGUAAUGUUUCGUCAUUUUAAUUAUAGUUCUUCGGGUUGGGAUGAAUACAUUAUUACAAAUUACGAUGGAUUCCCUCAAAGUUUUUUGGUCACAUAUCGUAAUAAGAACUAUCUAAAUUGGACAAAUACACUUACUCAAUUAUAUGGGUCUAUUAGACCAUUGGUGGAUGAUUUUAUCUUUGAUAGCCAUCUACCUUUUUCUACAUCUGAUGGCCAAUAUGCUAUAGUCUAUAUGGGUGUUGACAAAUCUAGUGUAUAUUCAAAAAGUUCAAUUUAUGUACAUUUUAUAAAUAAUGGUCAAGAUCAAACUUCUGAAGAACAUUUACUUUUUCAAGAUUCUUUAGAUAAUUCAGUAGCCUUUGUUUAUUUAGGCGCGUGUGCAAGUGGCUUUGAUACUUUUAAUAUUCAAAGUAAUGGAUGCACUUUUGUAGUAUAUUACAUAGAACGCUUUGCAGCUAAUAUAACGAGUAAAAGAGGAAAAGUAACUGUAGUUAUAACGUUUUCAUCAUCUGGAACAGUAAUUAAUCGUGAUGUCAUUUCGACUAUGAUUGGUUGUAUGCAUAAAUCGGCCUUUCCAUUACCAUAUGGAGGUUUUAUUUCAAUCGAUGAAUCGUUAUCUUCCGUAUCUUCCCAAGUGAAUAUUUAUAAUUUUAAUUAUACAAGUAGUUACAAUCUAUUUGAAGUUUCUAACGAAACUAUAGUAGAUUAUGGUAUUUAUAGCAAUAAUACUUUAUGGCUUACAUAUGGUAAUAGUACGACUGGUCCCGGUUAUAAAAAUAGAGCAAUCUUAUCCACAUAUCUAACAUUAAACAUGACAAUACCUCUAUCAUAUACAGAUCACUUUAAUAUUACUUUUUCUGUUCCAGUAGUUCUGUCUUCCGGAAAUAUUUCAAUUUAUCAAGUAGUCGAUCAAGAUAAAUUUUUAUUACGUCAAACAUACCCCGCAUCUUCUUAUUGCAAAGUAUAUAAUAUCUCGACCUUAACUUGCAAAACUUUAUUUAGCACGUUUAAUCGGGUUAACAAUAAUUAUACUAUCAUGGCUUAUAAUAAUUUCGUUAAAACACUUUCAUUUAAUGAACCAUUGCAAGGAAUUGGUCGAGGAAUUUGGAAUGUAAAAACACCUCAGACAUAUAAUUUAUCUGUUUCUUCUUCGACUGAAGUUUUGUUGCGUUUAAAUCCUGAUGGCACAAAAUAUUUUUUAAGCUAUGAUCAAACAAAUAAGAUUCAAUUAUCUAAUAAUAUGCUACAACAAAUCAAACAAAGCAUCCCUUUGAAUGAUGAUAGAUUAAAAAUAACCCGUAACGUCCAAUUAGAUACUUUGGAUUCCACCAAACUUUUAAUUGAAUUUUCUGUUGAUAAGACAAUAAAUCCUUCGAAAGAGCCAAGCGUAAACGAUAUUAUCAACGAUUUAAAUGACAUUAUAAUGAACAAACACAUAAGUGCACUUUCGGAUAAAGACUAUAUGAUUUUUUUUGAUGAACUUUAUGGAUUUCAACCAAAACCAAAUUUAUGGCUGGAGGUUAGAUAUAAAUUGUUGAUUUUGUUAAUUGCUAUAGUUAUACUGUUUGUUAUUUAUUUGUUGGCCAAAAGACGAUAUCCAAAAGGUCAAAGCUUUAUUAUAUUCAAGAUUUCAUUGAUGAUCAUGGGUUUAAUCCUUGAUUUUUCUUUUAUAAUUGUGAAUGGUAGUGAUAUACCAUCAUUAUUUAUUCCAAGUUUAAUAAUAUUAAUAGCGUCAAUAUCUUUCAAUCUAAGUUUAUCAUUUAUCAUGUUUACAAAGGAGAUACAAAGUAACAUAGAUUUUCGUGAAUGGUUUUUUGAAAAUGUAAAAAUUGUUGCAUUUUGUACAUUGUUAUUUAGUACUAAUGUUGAGGCUUUAAAUGUUUUGUCUUCAAAUUUUUUCGGACUUGAUUUCUUUUCUGCUUUGGUGUCUGAAAAUUUUAAAAAAUGGAUUCUUUAUGGUACUGCAUGCCAUUUGUUUGUCAAAGAUAUUCCACAACUUGUUAUACAGGU